GAUAACUACUUCCGAUGUCAGAGGACACCAAUGUGAACUCCUUAACGGACGUUUCGGACGCACACGCCGCGAAUAACCGCUUCACUCACCGACUAAUAAUCCGCGACCGUCUGCGAGCUUUCGACGCCGACAUGUUCCAGGUGCUCGGCGGGAGGAGCGUGCAGGCGGCCCGGCUCCUCGCACCCCGGAGCGCCGUGAUCGUGGAGGCUGUCCGCGGCAGAAAGUCCCGCACCGACCCGGUAGCCAAGUCCAAGGAGGGGCGAAUCAAAGUGCCCUCACAGGUCGACCCGGUGGAGAUGGUCGUCCUCAAGGAGAGAUACUCGGAGUACCAGCUGUUAAUGAGCGCGCUUCGCCUGGAGUUUAAGGAGGAAGUGCUUCAGAAGAAGUACGAGGAGGAGACGGGCUCCCUGGCGGAGGAGCGUACGAGGCAGGAGGUGGAGGAGCAUCGCGCCCUCAUGGACUGGAACAACCGGGAGAACCUCCGCCUGCUCAAACUCAGGAUAUUGAGGGUCCAGAAGGAAAAGGAGGAAGCUGAGUACAAGCAGUUAGAAGCUGACAUCCAGCAGGAACAAGACGAGCAGGAAUUCCUCAAAGAAAAAGAGAGAGAGAUUUUACAGUUGCAGGAGGAAGCGAAGAACUUCAUCACCUUGGAGAACUUGGAUCAGCGUAUCGAAGAGGCUCUGGACAGUCCAAAGAAUUACAACUUCGCCCUCGACAAACAAGGGAGAGUCGUUAAAAAGACGAUACUGCAAUGAAACGCCGCGACGACACCGCUUCAGUUUGGAGUUUGUUUUCAGACAUUCAGUGUGAGAAUGUAAUCGCGCCUGUCGGGACUAAGUAAAAUACCUGAGGUCGUUUUCAUUAGCAGAAGUUUGAGCUGGAUGUCUGACCACACCUCUGGAUGUGUGUUGGACAGUUUGAACCACGAGGCCACGCUGCCUUUUGUUUUUCGUGUUUGUGCUUCGUUUUCUUUCUCAUUUGUUCUGUAUCGUCACCCCAACAUGUUCUUUUACUCAUUACUGUCUUCUCAUGAUGUGUAAUGUAUAUAAAGUAAAUUAAUGAUUAUCGGAGUUUCCACUUAA